UUUGAACCGCUGACCUGCUGAACACAGUCAGCUAAAGUGGCCUGCAGUACUGCACUCUAACUGCUGCACCACCUCGGCUCAUAUAGGUUAUAGGUAUUCUUCUUCUGUUUUCCUUCUUGUAAUUCAAGAGCAGAUAUAUUCCUGGCCCUUAUUGACAUGACAUCCCAAGAGUUUGGCUGUGAGGUGGAUGCUUGGGAGUGGGUGGUGAUAUAUUCUAUGGGAUUUGUUUUUAAACAUGCAUGUAUAGGUGUAUAUUCAUAGGUUCUUGUGGGAUUCACUGACUGGGUUUCCCUUAAAAUUCAGAUUUACCACUACCUUUAUUUGCUCGGAGGUUGAUAAUUUGCAAAGCAGAUAUAGGUGGAAUGAAUGGAGAUUUGUUGUGGCACUUUUUUAAAAUAGAGAAAUAUAAUUGGUUUUUUUUGCAGGUUUCUUUCUUGAGAGCAGUUCCUCAAUUCACUACUCCCCGAAGAAUGCUACUACUAUUUGGAAAUGGAUUUGGACCUAGACAGGUGUUUGUUUUUCCCUCUCAAAAGUUGGGUCGUCAUUGAGGUUGUUAACUAGCUGGCAAUUGUGGUUGGAGUUGGCUUCAUCUUAGAAUGUGGAGCUGGAGGUUGGUGGGGGUAUUGCCAGAUCAAUGCCCAAGGUGCAGUUCUGGAGAUAUAUUUCCAUUUUACUGGAAGAUUUAAAAAUAAAAAAAAAUUGGUGGCACACCAUGAUGGUAAUAAUUUUCUUAAUUUUCAAGAGAUUUGUUUUGUUUUUGCAAUCUUCUGUAUCAUAGUUUUAAGCUGGUCCUUGUGUGGCACUCUUGUGGUUUGAAUUUGAUAUUUCUGAACUAGUAGAUACCUUAGGUCUCUUCAAACCCUAAAAUAUAGUGCUAUUUAAAAGAGAGAGAAAAAGAAAAAGUUGGGUUUAUUAGGAUUCAGUAAAUUAAACCCUAGAAACUGAAAUAGAUGGUUUUAUUUCCAAACAACGAAAAGUGAUAAUAUUGAUACAAUUAUUUGAAUAGGUGAUUGACAGAAGAGGAUGUCUUGCAUGUAAUCUAUUGAUUCUCCAGCAGGAUGUCUGUAGAAUCCACCGGAUGGGUUAUUAACAGCCUUCCUGCUCAGCAGACUAGGUCAGAACUUUGGCCACUCCUUUGGGAGUGACUCCAGUUUUGACUUAGUCUUGAGCUCGCAGCACAUGAUUAUUUUUGCUCCGGAUAGAUUAGGUUUCUUUAACAGUGAUUUUAUUGACACAGUUUCAAUUAGUUAGCAUAAAUUUGUUCUUUAAUUAGCCUCAUUUAAAUUGAAUACUCAAAUUGAUAAAUUUAAAUUUUUGGAGGCUGUAGGCAUUCAGGCCAGCUGGCUGCGUGCCCGGUUUUUCUGGCCGAUCAGUCGGCUCGCCUUUGGAGCCUCGAUUGGCUCCUUGCAGACUCAGAGCUUCAAUCAGCCAGUUUUCCUUUGGAGCAUUAGAUCAGCUCCUUGCAGGAUCAGAGCUUCAAUUAGCCGGUUUUUUUCCUUGGAGCGUUGGAUCAGCUCCGUUACAGGCUCAGCUUUGGCUCGUCAGUUACCUUUCUUCAGGACACCUGAUUCAGAUUUGGAUCUAAGGCGACCAGGAAACGCAAGUUGCUCAGGGUUUUCUCUGUUUACUGAGAAUCUCUCCCUUUACUUAGUGCUCUUUGUCUUUGUUCCUUUCCUGGUUUCUUAUUAUUGCUCCAACGUUUGUUUAUUAACAGAGAGUGCGGCAGCCAUCUUGGCCGCAUGUUUUCACUGGGGGCGGCCAUUUUGAGGGUGUGUUUUGUCUCCUUCAGGACGCCAUCUUGAGUGUGUCCUUAGGCCCUCACCAUAUUGGGUGGACAAUUUGCACGGAGAUUUUUCCUGGUAUUAUUAAGAGUUGAUUAGCCCUCAGAGGGGGCUUAUACUACUUUUUGGGAGUCUGAUUUCAGCCCCAUAUUGUGGGGGAAGAAAAAAAAAAGACAAUUGCAGCUCCUAGAGGAGAAGCAAUAUCUGAGUACUGAUACUCUACCUCACUAAUACCUGGUGAAGGAGCGAGAAGAGUGAACUUUAUUCCAACUGUUCUGUUAGUGUGGCAUUGUCACAGGCUUAUCAAGGGGUUUUAGCAAAUCACUUGACUGUCCGGCCAUUGCAGUUGUACAGAGCGAGGAUUGAUUCUUUCCAUCUCUGUCAAUUGAUCUGCGUACCUGGGUGCUCCCCCCCCACAGGUAUUUCCUACUCGGUAUAUCUGUGCGCAAUGGCAGACAGUGUCUCGCCUUCAGCUUCGCAGGGCUCCUCUAUGCCUCCCCCACAACAACAAAAACGCAGAUCCACUGAAUCAGAGUCGGGGGGGGGGAAGAAAAAGGCCAAAACAAAACAUUUAACACAGAAGGAGCCCUCAAAAACGGCUGAGUGAGAGGCCUCGAGGAGACAUUUGGCAUUAGAAAAACAAUUUUCCAGAGCACAAAGACUUAGGGCCAAUGAGGCUGACAUGGUUUCCCCCGCCCCAUUGGAAUUAUCCAUACCUGAGUCUGCAUUUGUUCCACAUCAGGAAGUUCUCAGGACCUGGUCUCCUCAGGGGGAAACUGAGCAGAUUGGUUCUCCUCGCUCCUCAUCAUCUGCAUCAUCAGAUCAUGGUCCAGUCACAGUGGGCCAUAGUACCAGGUCUCAGGAAGAUAUUUGGUCCGCUCAGUUUCAGGCCUUUAUGCAGAAUGCAUUUAACCAGUUUAUGUCUUCCAAGGGUCAACUGCCUCGUCAAUCUUCCUCCCAUAGAGGGAGGGCUACGGUUUCCGCCACAGAGGUUUCAGAAACCUCCUCUCAGUUAGGUGAGGCUGAGUUGGUUGACCUGGACGUAGCUGAUAUUCCCUUGUCGGACGAUGAGGAGACUGUCUCUGAACAGACUCAGACUGCAGGUGUCUUUGACCCUUCUCUUCUUAAAUCUCUAUUAAUCAAGGCAAUUUCCACUGUUAAUCUCACUUCUGUACAGGAGGAGAGACCUUCUACCAGUCAGGAGUCCAAUCCUCUGUUCGCAAAGAAGGUAACAGGGGACAAAUAUAUUCCUUGCCCAGAAGUCUUCCGUACCUCCGUGGAGGAACAAUGGUUCUCUUUGGCUGCUCCACCUGCGCCUAACAGCGUAGAGAAGAAACUGUUUAAUGUCUCCCCAUCAUUUUCCUCUCUGUUAGAGGUUCCUACUGUGGAUAGUCCUCUGAUUUCUCUGUUCUCUACAUCAGCUAUUCCAGGGGACAUGGCAGAGGCUCUGAAGGCCGAGGAUAAGAAAUUUGAGCACUCUCUCCGUCGGGCUCAACAGGCUUCGGCAUAGGCGGCCAAGGCGGCAACCUCUUCCUCCUUCUUCUCCAGGGCUUGUAUCAUGUGGCUACGCGAACUGCAGACCAGCGGAUCAGGUUAGAACACAUCAAACUUUGGCUAAGAUUUUGGCUGCUUCACAAUACGUAGCAGAUGCCACAUUGCACUCCACUAAAUAUUCCGCAAGAUCAAUAGCUGCCACAGUUGCCUCUCGUAGGCUCCUAUGGCUGAAGCAUUGGAGGACAGACUUGAAAGCCAAGUGGCGUCUGUCCACGUCCAAAUACACCGGGACACUUUUGUUUGGUUCCAUUUUGGAUCCACACGUUAGUGAGGGCAAGGACAAGCGCAAGGUCCUAGUGCAUCCCUCUAAGAAAGUAGACAGAAGGACAUCUCAGGACUUCAGAAAACAAGCCUUUCGUACCAGCGGUCCCUGGGAGUGGAGUCAGCCCUUUAGAUCAGGACAAUCCUGGGACUGGUCGAGAGGCUCGCGAUCCUUCUAUCCCAGACAGAUCGUUUCCAGGAUCGCCAAAACACUGGAGCCAGAGGCCAGUUUCAGGCUAAGCGUCCAUUCAGGGGAGCAGGAGGCCGCGCUUACAGGCAGUCUAAGUGACGCCAGGGAGGACUUUCCCAUUGGAGGCAGACUACAAAAGUUCAGCGAUGUCUGGGAAAGCACCACCUCAGAUGUUUGGGUGGUAGAGACCAUCAAGUACGGUCUCACCUUAGAAUUUUACUCCCCCCCUCCAAACCGCUUCAUAAGUUGCCCUCUCUCCCGAAACGGUCAAGACAGACCUGAUGACUUCGGCCAUAUCUCAUCUACUCGAAAUUCAGGCUAUAGAACCAGUACCAAAGGAGGAGGAGGGAAUGGGGUUUUACUCCAUUCUGUUUCUGGUUCCCAAGUCCUCAGGGGGAUGGAGGGCGAUACUGGAUUUAAAGGGAUUAAAUUAUUUUGUGACCUACAGAAGGUUCAAGAUGCAGUCCCUAAAAUCCAUAUUAGCCAGCAUCAGGAAGGGAGAUUAUCUCUCUUCAAUAGACCUCACAGAGGCGUAUCUGCAUAUUCCCAUCCAUCCUCCGUAUCGCAAGUUCCUCAGGUUUUGCUACGCGCACCGGCAUUACCAUUACAGGGCCCUACCAUUCGGCCUGUCCUCAGCCCCAAGAGUCUUCACGAAGAUUUUAGCAGUCAUAGCAGCCUACCUCAGGCUGAGGCCGGUGUGCAUGCAAUGUUACCUGGACGAUAUCCUAGUCCAGUCCAGCUCUUUUCAGGCAGCAAAACGGGAUGUUCAAACUACGAUACUCAUUCUGCAGAAUCACGGGUUCUCCGUGAACUUCAAGAAGAGCCACAUCACUCCAACAAGGAGAUUACAACAUCUGGGAGCGAUAAUAGACUCGUCCCAUUGCAGGGUAUAUCUUUCUCAGGAGAGGCGGACCAGCAUCAGGAAACUUGUUCAUCUGGUUCGCAAGGACAAGAGAGUGCCUCUGGCACAGCUGUCAAAGCUCCUCGGAAAGAUGAUCUCUUGUAUGGGCAUUGUGCCGUGGGCCAGGCUCCACUCCAAACUCCUACAAUGGUUUCUUCUUCCUUACCAAAAGCGAAAUCUCAGUGCUUCCAACAGGAAGGUCACAGUUCCACACCACAUAUUGCAAUCCCUUUUUUGGUGGACAACAUCUGUGAUGACCAAGGGAGUCAUAUUCAGGGAACCGAACCGGGUCAUCCUCACAACAGACGCGAGUCUGUUCGGUUGGGGAGCUCACCUGGGCACCCACCUGACCCAGAGACAGUGGUCCCACUCGGAUCUCGCCCAAAACAUCAACUGGCUCGAACUUCGGGCCAUUCACCUGGCACUCCUUCAAUUCUCUUCCCUAGUCAAGGGGAAGCAUGUCCUCGUCAGGACAGACAACGUGGCGGCCAAAGCACACGUCAACAAAGAAGGAGGGACCAGGUUCUGGGACCUGAUGCGAGAGGCAUCGACCCUGGGCAUCUGGGCAGAGUCAAACCUGGCCUUCAUAAGGGCAGAACACAUAUCGGGGGAGGCAAAUCAACAGGCAGACUCCCUGAGCAGAGUCAAGUUAGACCAUGCGGAGUGGCAACUGGAUCCGGCUCUGUUUCAGGAGAUCACGUUGAGGUUUGGCCGACCCCACCUGGAUCUAUUUGCCACCCCGACAAAUGCACAGAUUCCCAGAUUUCAGACACAAGGAGUGGAGGGAAUGGAUGCCCUUCGCUGUCGGUGGCCGGCGCAACUAUUGUACGCCUUCCCACCUCUCCCCCUGAUUCCGGCGACCAUACGCAAGUUGAUCCUGGAAGGAGCAGAGGUAAUCUUGAUUGCUCCACAUUGGCCACGGCAUCCGUGGUUUGCCGACCUGGUGGAUCUUUCGGUAUCUCCUCCGUGGAGGACUCCUCCGGACUGAGUGGUUCUCAGCCAGGGCAACCUUUUGCAUCCAGAUCCGUACUGGCUCCAACUAGCCGCUUGACAUUUGAGCGGGAAAGUUUAGCCAGGCAGUCUUAUUCAUCUGAGGUGAUCUCGUUGAUACAGGCCUCUAGAUGCCCUUCAACAAACAGGAUCUAUGAUGCCACAUGGAGGGGUUUCUGCAAGUGGUGCCUUGUGCAUGCAUUGGACCCACUCUCGGUUUCUAUACCAAACAUUCUGGACUACCUAUUGGAGGGUCUGAACAAGGGUCUAUCGCCCAAUACUAUCCGCAGGCAACUAGCAGCCCUUUCCUCUAUUCUUUCCUGCGACAAUUCCAGCCCUUUGUCGAAACAUCCGGCAGUCAGUGCUUUUUCACAGAUCUCAGGAACUUAUUCUUCCCAACUUCUGUCCUAAUCCCAGGCACAGGUUGGAACGCGAGUGACACAAGCUAGACGUAUGCAGGGCUCUGCAUUAUUACGUGAAGUGUACUUCUUCCUUCCGUAAAUCGGAGGCCCUAUUUGUAUCUUUUCAACCUUCAGCAAUGGGGAAGAAAGUUUCUUCUUCUACCAUAGGUAGGUGGAUUAGGCCUGUAUAACUCAGGCGUAUUCUUCCUUGUCUCUUCCUGUUCCUUCACAUGUCACGGCUCAUUUGACACGCAGUGCCACUGCGUCAGCCGCAUGGUCCACGCAAGCCUCUGUGGAGGAGAUUUGCAGAGCCGUAACGUGGUCUUCUCCUUCGGCAUUUGUCAGACAUUACUGGGUGGAUGCCUUUGCGGCGGCUGACGCCGCGUUUGGCAGGCGUGUACUUCAACAGGUUGUUUCUUCUCAUGAUUCUAGAGCCUAAACUUUUCCCUCCCGAGGGGAUAUGAGGGCUUUGGUAUGUCCCAUCCAGUGGAUUCUACAGACAUCCUGCUGGAGAAGGGGCGUUGUCUUACCUGAACGCCUUUUCUCAGCAGGAUGAUGUAGAAUCCACACCCUCCCGCACAAAUAGUCUAGGCAGGUGUAUCACAAUUGGAGCUAUUGAGUUGAGAUUCAUCAGAGCUGCUUCGCCUCAUCAAAACUGGAGUCACUCCCAAAGGAGGGGCGUGGCCAAAGUUCUGACCUAGUCUGCUGAGCAGGAAGGCUGUUAAAACCCAUCCGGUGGAUUCUACAUCAUCCUGCUGAGAAAAGGCGUUCAGUCUUUCCUUAGGCAUGAAAGACAUCUGUGUGACUUUGGACCAAUCACUCUCUAUGAAGAAUUAAGGAAGAAGACAGUGUCAAAGCACUUCUAAAAAUGUUGCCAACAAACUGCUUGAAUUGGACUAGGCAAUCACCAGGAGAAAAAAUUGUCUCAAAGGUUUCCCCUCACCCUCCAACCCCCCCCCCCAGACAUGAGAAAAUGGAAUGAGGAGGGAUUUGAAGAAAAGUAUAAAUAUGGAAGUUGGGAGUACUGUUCUUUGAUGUACUGGAAAUGCUAUGAAGCAGAACAAUUGAAUUGCUUUUGUGAACUGUGAACUUAUUUGCAGUUAUAGCUUAGAUGCCUGGAAUAAUGGGUAUAUGACAACUUUCUGCUGCUUAUAUUUCUACUAGUAAGAAAAUGGAAAGGGGAAUUGAGAUUUCCUUUUUGUCUCUUGCUUCACAGCUGUUGCAGUAGCAAUUUAAGUUUCCAGAAUUGGUUCUGCUAAAAUAAUUUUGUCCGGAUUUCUUACGAAGUAUGCCAUUCUUUUAGAUGCACAGGCUCCUCAUCUGUUUUAGUCUAAUUCCUAAUGUUACUGCUUGGAUAUCUGUUUUUUAUUUGAGAAGUAAAACGUAAAAAUUAUGAAAAAAUGGAGGUUUCAUUAGGUUGCUAGAAAAUCAAUGGCAGCUGACUAAAGACAGCUUGUUUUGUAUGAGUUUAUUGUUCAAUGGCCUAAAGUUCAGUUAGACUGAAUUUGGAUUUAAAUAGUGACUUCUAAAAUCCAGGGUUAUUUGAAUAUUAGCUCUAUAUGUGAGUGUGUUUGUACCCAUUUUUUUGAAAAAUAAAAGUUAAUGUCUUUAUCAGUUA